GCUGCCUGCUGUUUCUGCACGAGGCCCCUCAUCUGCCUCCAUCUGCUGCUGUCUGCCCUCUACCUGCUGGACCGGGGAACUGCACCCCCUCCUCCUCUUUCUGUCUGCAGGUGACCUUCCAGCACGGGAUGUAUUGUUGUCUUCUUCUCAGCUGAUGCUGGUUUGCGGAUGAUCUCUGUCUGAUUGAAAAUAGCAUCAUGGGUAACACGGAGAGCGUGGUGGUGCAGAAGCGGCUGGAGUGGUUCCACCCUGACGAGCGGCCGGCGGUCGAGGCGGUGUUCGACCGGCUGACGGGAGGGGGGAAGGGGAGGACUGUGACACUGGAUGUGCUGCAGGCCUCCUUGGGCUCCGUGGCGCCGGACUCCAUGGUGAGGAGGGUCUUCAGGUGUCUGUGCAGCAUCGAUCCGGACUCGGCGGCCCCGGGGAAGACGCCUCACCCCCCCGCCGCCGCCUCGUCGGGGGCCGGGCGGGAGCAGCUCCUCGUCUUCCUCGCCGACAUGCUGCGUGGAACCGCCGAGGAACGGGCGCCUCUCGUCAUGACCAUGUCCCAGCAUGCAACGGGGCCGGCGACGGAAUAUGUCACGCGUGAGCAGGUGGAAGAGUUUGUGAAGGACCUGGUCUCGGCUGUAGUCCAGGUCCUGGUCCACAGCGGUCGUCUGCAGGGCUGGCAGCCCGACAGGAUGGGAGACGUUUCCUCUGGAGUCAAACAUCUGGCAGAACAGCUGUGCUCCGAACUCAAGACUGCAGACGGGCGCUGUGACUCCUCCUCGCUGGAGGACUGGCUCUUCAGGGUGUCCCAGGUGUCCCAGUACCUGGAGCUGCUGGUGUCCGAGGGUCUGAAGGUGUCUCUGGGGCGGCCCCCCCCCACGCUGCUCCCCCCCUGCAGGGAGACGCCCUGGCAGGAGGCCUCGUGCCUCCUGGACCUCCCCACCCUCAUGUUCCUGGCUCCUCAGCUCCCGGACGGCCACGGCGCCCCCUGGAGGCUGGUCUUCUCCACCCAGCUGCACGGAGAGAGCUUCACCCGCAUGCUGGACGGCCUGAUGAGGAAGGGCCCCACGCUGCUGCUGGUCCGGGACACCAAGGGCCACGUGUUCGGGGGCUUCGCCUCCCACAGCUGGGAGCUCAAACCGCAGUUCCAGGGUGACUCCAGAUGCUUCCUGUUCUCAGUGUCUCCCCAGCUGAGGGUUUACUCCGCCACAGGAUACAACGAGCACUACAUGUAUCUGAACCAGCACCAGCAGACCAUGCCCAACGGACUGGGCAUGGGGGGGCAGCACGACUACUUCGGCCUCUGGCUGGACUGCGACUUCGGCCGCGGCCACAGCCGCGCCCGGCCCCGCUGCACCACCUACGGCAGCCCGCAGCUGUCAGCGGACGAGGACUUCGGCCUGGACCGGGUGGAGGUGUGGGCGGUGGGGAAGCCCCCCGAGCCGGAGGAGGGGGAGGAGGAGGGGGGCAAGAGGAGCAUCCUGGACGCGGAUCUGGAGGCCCAGGCCCUCAUGGAGAUGACGGGGAAGACCCUGCACAGCCAGGGCCUCCGGGAGCCGGAGGAGGACAUGGACCAGUAGGGGCGGGGCGACGCCAGAGCCCGUUCUCUCUCCUCGCCGCAGACCGAGGUGGGUUUUCACACGGCGUGAGCUGAAGGGGCGCUCGCCGACGUCGCACCGUCCCGUCAGGACGGCGCCGGAACCAGAGUUCUUCCUCUAUGGUCCUCAGUAAACUCUUCCUCUGCACAUGCUCAGUAGACGGACACUAAGAACCACGUCUCCCUCCGGAGGCUCAAGACUCCCGGUCCAGAUUCUCACCCUGAUCCUCAGGAGGUGAAGAGACUUGAAUGCUGUGAACUAAUUAAAGUGUUUGUGAUCAUUUCAUCGUGUAUGGAAACAAAUGUGGGCCAAAAAUCAGUCGAUCAAUCUGACUUCUCAAUCGGAGCGGCGCAGGAGCGAGACGCCGCUGAACUGGAUCUCUGUGAUGCACACUUUGUGUCCUGUAAAGCAAGUCAAGUCUUUGUAACUGGACAAAGCUCAUGGGUUUUGUCUCCCACUUUGUGAACUUUGAUUUUGUGUUGAGAAUUUUAACUCCGUUCACCGUUGUAAUAAAGAACCUAGUUUCAAGGGUUCUGGGCUCGCUUCCACCGCCUGCUGGCGAGCUGCGACGCUGCGUUUUCCCGCGCUGAUGGUGUCCCACGUUGAUGACAUCAUCAGCGCGACGGAGCACGGCGAGGUAAACGAUGCACAAGAGUCCCCGUUACCUGUGGACGAAUCUCCUCUUCCCCACGGAUCAAGAGAAGCUCUCUGGUCUCGCUGUCUUCCAGCGCUGGGUCAUGUUGAAGGAAAGCUCACGCUGUGUCCAGAAACAACAACUAGCGCGCUAACGUAGCCGCGCUACGGUGACGUCAUCACGUAAAUUACCGCGUCGACCCGGGUCUGCCGUUCACACUCAAGCCGAGCUUUGGCCCGUAUUUGCUUCCAUAAUCGUGUGUGCUGUCGGUACGAAGACGGUUCUGUGGAUUCUGUGUGUUUGAGUAAGUUUCCGUGUUUGUUCUGAGGACUCGGCAGGUCAGUGGUGGAUCGCUUCACGUUCAAUAAAGUACGAUCUGAACCAU